AUGGUAUCGCCGGUCCCUGCCUGGGCAGUUGUCCUGCUUCUUGCAGCACUCUCUACGGCCGCUCCCACGAUAUCUUUCCCGAUCAAUUCGCAGGUACCUCCUGUGGCCAGGAUUGGAGAGCCGUUCUCUUUCGUGUUCUCGCCGUCGACAUUCUCGUCGAGCUCGCCAAUCACUUACAGCCUGUCCAACCCUCCUAACUGGCUCUCAAUCGACAGCAAGUCGCGAAGGUUGUUUGGAAUUCCAGAAGAAGACGAUGUCGCGCCGGGACGUGUGAUAGGCGUGCCCCUGAGUGUCGUGGCUACCGACGACUCCGGGUCGACCACUCUCCCUGCAACGCUGGUUGUAUCGCGGGGUCCGGCCCCGAAGGUCCGGAUUCCCCUCGAAGAACAAGUCCCGGACUUUGGCACGUUUUCUCCUCCGUCGGCAAUCAUAUCCUCGCCCAGCCAGGCCUUCUCCUUCCGCCUGCGCCCAGACACGUUCUCAGACAACCCCGGCGCUCCAAUCUCCUAUUAUGCCACCAUGGCUGACAACACUCCCCUUCCGGCUUGGGUCUCCUUCGAUCCCGGCAGUCUCUCCUUUACUGGCCGGACCCCGCCCUCGGAAUCGCUCGUUCAGCCACCCCAACACUUUGCCUUCCGUGUCAUUGCAGGCGACGUGCCCGGGUUCGCAGGGGCAACGCUCAGCUUCGACAUCGUUGUGGGAACCCAUCAACUCACUGCGGACGAGACUAGAGUAGUCUUGAGCGCUACACCUGGCAGCCCUGUUUCGUACACGGGACUGCGAAGCAGGGUCAAGAUAGACGGGAAACCCCCGACGGCUCAAACUGCCACCAUUGUCUCCGUCUCGAACAUGCCCUCUUGGCUUUCGGUCGAUAAAGACACCUGGCAUAUAAGCGGAACACCCCCUGAGACUGCCGAGUCGACAAACCUCACCGUUACAAUCCGCGAUACGUACUCGAAUGUGCUGAACGUGACGGUUGCGGUCGAGGUGGCACACGACAAAGCCGGUCUUUUCAAGGGAAGCGUUCCUGAGUUUACCAUUACCGCUGGCGAGCCCUUUUCGUUCGACCUCCGGCCGUACCUGUCUAAGCCCGAGGACACGGACGUCUCAGUUGAGACUGACUCAUCUCAUUCUUGGAUCCAAUUCAACCCUCACACAAUUACAUUGUUCGGGGAUGCUCCAGGAGAGGUUCAGGAUUCCGCUGUCGACGUCAAUGUCAAUGCCAAGUCGAAAUCCUCGAAAGAAGCAGUCUCUCUGUCGUUCAGCAUCCUCAUACGCGCUGCUUCCGACGGCAAAGGAUCAACACCAACAUCCGAUCCUACGCAGACCACGGAUUGUCAACGCUCUUUAGGAGGAGACGACUCCGGAAAGGAGCGCUUCAACCCUGUCCUCCUCGCCAUUCUAUUGCCGCUCCUGGUCCUGCUUGCCCUGGCCACAUGCGCGCUCUUCUGGUACUUCCGCCGACGAAAGGAUAGCCGGAAGCCUGCACUCAGCACGCGCGACGUCUCCGGUCCCAUCACUGGCACCUUUGUGGCAAGAACCGCUGAACCCAGCGUCUCACGCGCUCUCCCUGAUUUUACGAAACGCUUUGGUAAGAGCUUCUCGGCCGAUGACGUCUGGGGCAUCGAAAAGAACGAGUACUUCGAAUCGCGCAGCAGCUUCAAGGCAAACCCGGACCCGUCCCAGCGUUUCGGGGCAGCCAGGCUGCUGCCGCCCAACGGCAGUCCUUUCUCGGAUCGCGCUACUGCACCAGAAGUAACACCUGUUAUCAACAGCGUGAGCCCCGGAAUAUCGCGGCCGGGUACCCGAGGGAAGAUCAGCAGCUCGCUCAGUUCUGUCACCGAGGCAAGCUUUGGGGAGAUUGUCGAUUCGCGUGGUCUUGACUCGGCCGGUAGUGAUAGUAGGAGGUCAUUCAGGGACAGAGUCGAAGUCAACGUGCCGAGACUCCCGCAGACGCCAGGCUCGGCGCACACAAGGACACCAUCCUCCGCAAACGCGAUGGAAACCCCACGCAUCGGGUCAUCCCUGACAGCUCCCGACACCGGGAGCGUACCACCAAGACCAGAAUCGAGGUUCUCCUAUCAUCCGCCUGCCGCAGUGGCCCGAAAAGCGUCCUGGCCUUGGCUCAAGGGAAUCAUGGCGAAACGGCAGGUUUCGAAACUCCUGCCAGAAAUGAGGAGAUUAAGUGAGCAGCCUAGCGUGUUGACAGUCGAGACUCUCGAAUCCGAGAAGAACGGACAGCCAUCGGGGACCCCACGCUUAAACAACGGGACCGGGGCGUCGGUCCAUGAUUUGCCGUCUCUGCCGCUUCUACAGUUUCCCAGUCGAGCUUCCUUCGACCGAUCACCGGCCAGGAGCGGAACGGCCGCGGGUGGGUAUUCCGGAGAUCUCAAUCUAGAGCAGCCCGAGUCAAGCAGUACCGCCAAUUUAAUCCCCCCAGGUCCCAGCAUGUUCGGCGGCCAAGAGAGCUCCAUGACCAGCUUCCCCGAUCAGCGAGGCAUCGCCGCAGACCGCCCAAAUCUUUACGACGACCUGGUGAUGCCCAACCCGUUUAGCACGUCAAGAACAUGGUCAACAAUGCCGACGACAGACGAGUGGGUGGACGAGACGGUCGAGAGUCUAGCUCUGAGCAGGUCGACCACCCAGCAGCAGCAGAACUGGACGGCGCUUCAAGGAUCACCAUCGCCUGUCAUCAGCGGCGGACGCGACGCAACGGCGCCCACGAGCCUACCAGAACUUGUGUCGUCGCUUCGGUUGCCGCAGCUUCCUACGGGGUUUGAUGAGUCCCUAGCUGUGCCGACCCCUGCCUCAUUGAAACCCAAAACAGCUCCGGUUGGAAGUAGUAAGGGUGUUGAAAUUCCUGAAUUGUUGGGUUUGGCGCACAAGAGUCAGUCGAAUGGGCUUUCGCUGCGGUCAGAGGGGAGCAAGUCGGAUCACGCUGUGUUCAUAUGA